GGUUUUUCUUAUCAAACUUAUUCUUCUUUUGUUUUGUGUGAUGUAUAUCUUCUCUAGCUCCUAAAACGUUUUCUUUUUGUUUUAUCAAGUCGUGUUCCUUAUUUCUGUAUCUAUUUCUUACGUUUGAAGUUGGCUUUCAUAUCAACUUACUUAGCUUCUAUGGCGAAUCUCAGAUCCGGUGAGCCAGCGGUUGGUUGGUGUAAGCUUAUAUGGCCAACCCCAGAUCUGGUGGUCCGAUUGGUUGGCUAGGCCAAGUUUUUUUUAGAUUGUUUAUAUAAACUCCUUUUUGCCUUUAACAUUUUGUAUUUUCGCUCUUAAAUCUUCUUCAUAUUAUCUAGCAUACACUAACGUUAGGCUAGUCUGCUUAAAUUAGGUUUCGAAUUAGAUCUUUUUUGUUCGAUUGAUUGGCUUAAAUCAAUGGUCAACCCCGGAUCUGAUGAUCCAAGAUUGGUUUGUUUUAUGCUUUAGCCAUCAUAUAUAAUCAAUCAUAUAUAAUCAAUAGGUUUUUUUAAACUAUGUUUUUUACUAGGUUUCGAAUUUGAUCUUUUGGUCCGAUGUUUUGGUUCUCACUUAAACUAGGUUUCGAUUUUGAUCUUUUGGUCCGAUUGAUUGGUUUAACUCCAUGGUCAACCCCGGAUCUGAUGAUCCAUGAUUGGUUGACUUAUAUGCAUUAGCCAUCAUAUAUAAUCAAAAGGGUUUCCAGCUAAGUUUCUGAGUCCCCUUUUUUUUUUUUUUCUGUUUUUUUUUUUUGUUUGUUAAAAACCAACAAUUUAGAUUGUGUAUACCGUUUGCUAGGUUUGGGAAUUUGAUCUUUUGGUCCGAUUGAUUGGUUUACCCAUCCACGAUUGGUUAAGCCAACCGAUGUAACUGUUUGCUUGUUUCUUUUUUUUUUUUUUCUUGAAUUGUUUCAUAACACAAAUCUAAGCGUAACAAUUGCGUUUAAACCUUUGCUUAAUCUUCUAAUUAGUUCAUUUUGUCCGGAUGAUUGGUUUGUCAAUCCCAUAAUCCACGAUUUAUUAAGCCAACUAAUAUAAUCGAAAGGUUUUUGUUUUUGUUACUAUAUAUAAACCCUUCAAGUUCAGGUUAACUAAACCCUGAAACCCUAUUCAUCGCUCUCUGCAUAAGCCAAUGGCCGAUUCUGAUUCUCCAGAUUUCCCCGCUUCUGAUCCUCCAAAUCAAGAUCCCCUCGCAUCUAUUGGGACUAUCGAUCUGAAAGAUGUCCAGAGGAAUAUUUCUCCCGUGAUUUUUAAAAAGCUUCAAGACAUCCGGAUCAAAAAUUUCAAUGAUCUGUCGCUUCUACUAAUGUUUGAGGGUCUUGGUUCCGUUGUGUUGUCUGGUUUUACUUCAAAGGAGCGCACAUCAUUGAUGGAUAAAGUCCUACUCCUUUUUAACACUUAUGAAAGUAAAGCGUACACAUUUGCUUCUGAGGUCAUUAAAAGUGCUCCGGGUGUGCUAAAUGAAAAUUACCCCCAUGCAUACAGUUUCAGCUGCAAGGUUGUAGAGUUAUCAAGAGACCCAUUUGAAGCGCUGCUACAAGCUGAUAACUCAAAUCAGAAAAGUGGAGAGAGACAGAGAAUCAAUCACGCCAUUUCUCACUCGCAUUCAGACUUACUUACCUAAUGUCACUAAUACACUCAAUCAGAUCAGUAACACCAUAAUAACAAAGGCUGCGUGAACUACUUGUCAGUCCACUAUUGAUGGUGUGGAAAGUAGGUUGGGUUCUUUACUUGCGGAGCUUCGACAAUCACUUCAAGAAAGAAGUGUACCUACUGUUGUGGUGAGUUCAGAUUAUCAGCAACAGAAGCUUAUGCUUGAAAACAUUUUGAACGAGAUGGCUAAAGCUAAACAAGUUGGGCAAGUUUCUGAUCUACUGAUAAAAAGAUUUCCAGACGGUGCCAUGGCGAAUUCUUUCGCUUUGAAAGUUACUCAGUUACUGUCAGCUGAAGGUUCACCUGUCAGUCAACUGAAUUCCAGUAUUCAGAAGCUUCUUAAGAAGUCCAAUUUGAUGCCUCCUUCCCUUAAAACAAAAGGUGAUGUCACACGUACUGGCCAAUCCAUAGCAGCUGCAGAAGGUGAUGUUAAGCCUACUGGCCAAUCCAUAUCAGCUCCUUUCACAUUUGUUGUCACAGAAAAUAUCAGUGUUGCAAUGACACGAAAUGGUGUGGUCAAGCUCUUUGACUUAGAUGGGAGUCUGUCACUUCAAAUUCUUAGCCAAGAUGGAUCUGUCCAUAAAGUCAAGAUUGAAACAAGUGGAAAUUGCAAAAUUCUAUUCAAGACUCAUCCCAGCAUUGACCGAAAAAUCUUUAAUGAUGAGAACCUUCUAGUGCUGAAGAAACCUGGCCAACCAUUUCACACUGGUAAGGGUGGAGAUGGUGUUUGUCUUCUCAAGUGGAGAAUGCAAAGAGCAGAAGGGUCAAAGGCUGUGGAGGUGCCACUAACAAUCAGCUGCUGGCCUUCUGUCUCUGGAAAUAAGAUGCAUGUCAGCCUCGAGUAUGAAGCCUCAGAAAUGUUUGAUCUGACCAAUGUUAUCAUCUCCGUACCACUUCCUGCUCUGAGAGAGGCACAACCAAGCGUUACACAAUGCGAUGGGGAGUGGAGGUACAGCCCAGAAACAUCAGUUAUCGAAUGGACUAUAUCUUGUAUUAAACCAUCUUCCAUGGGUUUGAUGGAUUUGGUGAUUCCAAGUAUGGAAAAUUCAACAUCGGAUAUAUUUUAUCCCAUUGAGGUAAAAUUUGCGUCAACCACCUCGUAUAGUGGCUUGAAGGUGACUCCUCUAAGCAGUGAUGGUGGUCUGAGUUCAAGGUUUGUGCAGAGUACGCAGCUAAUUGCCCAGAGUUAUCAAGUUGUUUGAGACAGCUUUAUCAGCCAUUUUCUUGCUUACACUUUUAUCAACUUGUUCUUUUUAUCAGCUUGCUCUUACACUUGCUUUAUCAACUCUUUUUAUCAUCAACUCUUGCUCAGCUUGCUUACAAGUGUAAGCAACUCUUGCUAUUAUGCAUAUUUAAUAUCAUCAACUCUUGCUUUGACAAUAUA